ACCAUGGGCUGCUGCUGCAGCUCAAACCCUGAGGAUGACUGGAUGGAAAACAUCGAUGUGUGCGAGAACUGCCAUUAUCCCAUAGUUCCGCUGGAUGGCAAGACCACGCUGUCCAUCCGGAAUGGUUCGGAAGUUCGCGACCCACUGGUCACCUAUGAGGGCUCCAACCCACCAGCCUCCCCACUUCAAGACAAUCUGGUUAUCGCUCUGCACAGCUAUGAACCUUCCCAUGAUGGAGACCUGGGCUUCGAGAAGGGUGAACAGCUCCGCAUUCUGGAGCAGAGCGGCGAGUGGUGGAAGGCUCAGUCCCUGACCACGGGACAAGAAGGCUUCAUCCCCUUCAACUUCGUGGCCAAAGCCAACAGCCUGGAGCCUGAACCCUGGUUCUUCAAGAACCUGAGCCGCAAGGACGCGGAGCGGCAGCUUCUGGCGCCGGGGAACACGCACGGAUCCUUCCUGGUGCGGGAAAGCGAGAGCACCGCGGGAUCCUUUUCUCUGUCUGUCCGGGACUUCGACCAGAACCAAGGCGAAGUGGUAAAACAUUACAAGAUCCGUAACCUUGACAACGGCGGCUUCUACAUCUCCCCUCGAAUCACUUUUCUCAACCUGCAUGAACUGGUCCGCCAUUACACCAGUAACGCUGAUGGGCUGUGCACGCGGUUGAGCCGUCCUUGCCAGACCCAGAAGCCCCAGAAACCGUGGUGGGAGGACGAAUGGGAGGUUCCCAGGGAGACGCUGAAGUUGGUUGAGCGGCUGGGGGCCGGCCAGUUUGGGGAGGUGUGGAUGGGAUACUACAACGGACAUACGAAGGUGGCAGUGAAAAGCUUGAAGCAAGGCAGCAUGUCUCCUGACGCAUUUCUGGCCGAGGCCAACCUCAUGAAGCAGCUGCAGCACCAGCGGCUGGUCCGGCUCUAUGCCGUGGUCACCCAGGAGCCCAUCUACAUCAUUACGGAAUACAUGGAGAACGGGAGCCUAGUGGAUUUUCUUAAGACUCCUGUGGGUAUCAAGUUGACCACCAACAAACUCUUGGACAUGGCAGCCCAGAUUGCAGAGGGCAUGGCAUUUAUUGAAGAGCGAAAUUACAUUCACCGCGACCUUCGGGCUGCCAACAUCCUGGUGUCUGACACCCUGAGCUGCAAGAUUGCAGACUUCGGGCUAGCACGCCUCAUUGAGGACAAUGAGUACACGGCCAGGGAGGGAGCCAAAUUUCCCAUUAAGUGGACAGCACCAGAAGCCAUUAACUAUGGGACAUUCACCAUCAAGUCAGAUGUGUGGUCUUUUGGAAUCCUGCUGACAGAGAUUGUCACCCAUGGCCGCAUCCCCUACCCAGGGAUGACCAAUCCAGAGGUGAUUCAAAAUCUAGAGCGCGGCUACCGCAUGGUACGACCUGACAACUGCCCGGAAGAACUGUACCACCUCAUGAUGCUCUGCUGGAAGGACCGCCCAGAGGACCGGCCCACCUUUGACUACCUGCGCAGCGUUCUGGAGGAUUUCUUCACGGCCACAGAGGGCCAGUACCAGCCCCAGCCUUGACAGGCCCAGCUGGCCCAAGGCCCUCUCUCAUCUUAGUGGUUUGUGGAGAUGGAGUUCUUGUGCCUUACCCAUGUGGCCUAUACCCACAUGGACUCUGCACAUGAAUCUUGCCCAUGUGCAACACAUGUGCAUUUGGUACCCUGUACACAAGUCCUGUAGUAGUGUCUUGUACAGUGGGGCCUGUGCACGUAUGUCUUGGGCACCAACCAAGCUGUCUCUUUCUGAACACUCUUGUUUCCUGAGGCCUCAGAGAGGGGAGAAGUCCUGAGACUGAACCGUGCUGUCCCCACUUUUCUCUCCUCAGGUCACCCAGGAUCUCCUUGUGGACUAGCAU